AUGGCGAGCGCGGGCGCGCAAUACCGCGGCGGGCAGCAGUGGGGCGCGGCGUACGCGCAGCCCUGCCGCUACCCGCCGCCCCAGCCGCAGACCUACGCGGCGCCUAGCUACACCCCCCACCAGUACACGGGGGCUAUGAGCGGUGGAUGCGGGGGCGGGGGCACGCGGGUGCCCACCGCGGCAUCACCGGCCAAUACGGCGUCUUCGUCGUCGUCCAACACAGGCUCGGCGGGCGGCACACGCUCGACCAGCCUCAGCACGGGACCGCCGCCCGCCAGCUCGGCGUCCACGGGCGCGCCCGGCGACCAGCUCAGCCGCACCAACCUCUACAUACGCGGCCUCGGCCAGAACACCACCGAUAAGGACCUCGUCCAGAUGUGCCAGAUGUACGGCAAUAUAAUUUCAACAAAGGCAAUAUUGGAUAAAAAUACAAAUAAAUGUAAAGGUUAUGGUUUUGUAGAUUUCGAAACGAUCGCGUCGGCGGAGGCGGCGGUAAAAGGAUUACAAGCGAAAGGUGUUCAGGCCCAGAUGGCUAAAGUGGGUAUCUGGUUCCUGCGUAGACUGAACCGUCAACAGGAGCAGGACCCGACCAAUCUUUACAUGGCCAACCUGCCACCGCACUUCAAAGAGAACGACGUGGACCAACUUUUGGCCAAGUUCGGGCAAGUGGUGUCGACGCGCAUACUUCGCGACACGCACGGCCACAGCAAGGGCGUCGGUUUCGCCAGGAUGGAAUCGCGUGAAAAGUGCGAGCAGAUCAUUCAGAUGUUUAAUGGCAACUCGAUACCGGGGGCUAAGGAACCGCUGCUUGUGAAGUUCGCCGACGGCGGCAGCAAGAAGAAGUCGCUCUACAAGCAGAACGACAACAACGGCCGAAUGUGGCGAGACAACAAUGAAUCCAUUACUCAGGCGAUGAGCGUGAGCGGCGUGUACGCGGGCGGCGUGGCGGCGGGCGGCGCGGCGGAGUGCGGCGGCGUGUACCGCGGCGCCGGCGUCUACGGCCUCGCCUACCACCCGCAACUGCAUCACCCGCAUCCCGCCGCCUGGCUCCCCUACGCCGCGCUGCUGCCGCCCGCGCACCCCCACGCGCACCCCGCACACGCCGCACACCCCACGCACCCCGCGCACGCAGCGCACCCCGCGCAUCCCGCGCACGCCGCGCACCCCGCGCACCUGCCCAUCGACUCCGUGCCCAGCCAAUACGUAAACUGGGACAGCCUAAGGCCGGAAAAUGAAUUAUACUACUUCCCGUCGCCGCCGUACCAGUUCUUCGCGGGCCCGACGCCGCCCAUCAUCCAGAUGCCGAUGGAGAGCGAGCAGGCGUCGACUGCGGCGUCGCCGGACGAGGCGUACCAGCCCUACCCGGCCAAGUAGAGGCCGCGGAGGCGCACGCCACUACCCAUGCUGUACACGAGCCAAAAAUCAAAGCAACUGUGACUUUUUACGAUGUUAAUUUGUUUUAGUUUUAAUUUGCGGCCGUUGUAGACUUCAUCGAAAGCUCCGCCCGGUCUCUCGUCGCCUGUUCACUAUUUAUUUUCUCGCCGACCCCGCGUCGGCCCCGCGCAUGCGCUGUGAUGUUUUGAUGAGGUCUUUUGACGGUUCGAGGAGAGGAUUUGAUGUAUAGAUUAUAGCUGCAAUUUUAAAUGUGUUUUGACAUUUUAAUUUUAUUAUUGUUUUAUGGAAAAAAUAAAUUUAAGAUUUUAGGCGCAGGUUUUGAACACGUUGACAAGAUUAUUUAAGAUAGUUAGGUAUUUAUUUUAGCAUAGUAUAAUUUCUCGAUUGAAUUUUUAAAUUUAAACUUGUCCUCGAACGGGAAUAUACAUUUUUAUUUUUGAUUCAGUGUCAUAUAUUGUAAGAUAACGGGGAUUCUUCAAUCGCAUAAUGAACACAUCACGUUUUUAUAAUGUAGAACAAACCGUGCAAUCUUAAUUCCUAAUCUUGUAAAAAGGAAUGCGUUUUAUAUGAUGAAUGUAUUGGAAUGUAAAGUUUUUAUAAUGAUAUAGUUUCCUGACAUAUUUCAGGAGUAGGAUGAGCAAUAUCAGAAGCGGUAGACAUGGAAAGAUAUUUUGAAAUGGUCAUAUCAUGUUAAAAAGUUUAUACCAAUGAAAUUGUAAAGGUAAAAGAAACGACUUAUGUGUGUUAUGGUUAGGAAAGAUAAACAUACCGAUUAGAUCUUGUGCGUAAAAUUUAUUAAGAAGAUUUAGAAUCUUCUGUUGAGAUAUAUGUAUUUUAAAAAUACACAAAGUUGGUUUUGUCGCGUUAUAGUUAAAACGGCAGAUUAUAAACAUAAUGAAUUUGGUCGCGAAACGUGUUAGCGACGGUCGAUAUUUGAGCCACGACGUUGUGUUAUGGAUGGAACUGAAUGUUUGUACGUCCAAAGAAGUUUGGCAUGGUGCUCAUUUGUUUUGAAAGGGUUCUUCAUUGAUGAACAGUAUUACCUACGUUAAAAAUUGGUCACCGGUACAGUCUUCCAAGGAUCGCGGGUACCUAAUUGAAUUGAACCAUCUCAUUAUUAGUAUUUAUUAUUUUUUGGGGGUUAAAUAUUUCGGAUUCCACGUGCCGGAGUACCCCAGCCGCAGGAGUUACGAAAAAAUUAAAAAAAAACAUAUUACUAUCUGCUCGACGAUAAACACGCAAAGUUUUUACGCAUUCUCACAAGCUCACAACUCCCUUGUAUGCGUAGCUUAGCCAUGUCGCUUAGUCGUUUUAAAUAUUAAAUGCUUUUUCAUGAUUUAUGUUGUCUAUAAAUAUUUACUGAAAAAUAAAAAUUCCUAAUCGAUAACGUCGUUGCCAAACCCGUCAGACUGAAUUGUAUACCGUAAACUUCCAAUAAGUUAUUUCUUGAUCCGUGUUUAAUUGUUAAAAAAAAAUAGAAUCGACAUGAAUUGCAGCCCUUAAAGAGGCCGAGUAAGACGUCUCGCGUGCAAGACUCGCCGCGCGGCCAUUGGCUAAUGGCCGGUGGCCAGCGACGCGGACGACGCGCUCACAACUAGCAAUAAGCCGUUGUAUUUAACGUCUAUUUAUACAUUUUACGAAUUUUUGUACGACGAAACUCAUUUUCGAAAUACGUGAAUAAUUAAAGUGAUACUUUUUUGAGAAUCAUGUACUGAAUCAAAAGCGUAGUUGUUAUGUUUAGGCGGUCGGCACAUUCCAGUAGAGAACUUCGAACAAAACAAAAUUCCACGAUUGAUUUCCACAUUAUGAGUUGUGAGGGAUUUGAAAUCCGAACAGUGAACGCCAAUUUUGGCAUAAUUGAGCACAUUUUGUACCAUCACGUAGGUUUUGGGUACACUUUAUGACUUUAUAUGAAAUUUGAUAUUUUUAUAUUGAAUAUAUAUGUAUAAAUUAUACAUGGAUAUGUAUACAUGUAUACACAUUGUUGAUGGGUACGGAUGGGACCCGCUAUAUCGCAACUGUUUAAUUCUAUUUUGGCACGUCGAGAAUUCAUCAGAACCAAAGUAUACAAAUCAUUAAAGUCGAGUAAGAUGUAGGAAAAUAUUUAUACAACUCAGGGACUGAAGACUAGGUAAAUGUUUGAUAUAUUUACUAUAUUUUAACUGACUUUAUUCAAAAGCUGUGGACCGAUUAAAUUAAAAUACAGGAACUGAGAUUAGCUUAUAGCAGGUUUUGGAUGAAAACGUAGAAUUUUGAACAAUCUAGUAGAUCUGUUUAUGUUUCUUUUUACAUCAGAAAUAUGCUGAAACUUUACUAUAAAUGAAUUUACUUUACUUUUAUACAGCGUAGCUGCUUACUUUUACAAAACAAAUUUCAAUCCUAAUAUAAAAAAGGAUGUUUAUUUUAAUGUAAAGGCGUCAUUUAUUAAGAAAGUGUUUGCGGACAGCCAGUAACCCUUGCGACUCUCGCCGAUGAUAUCUUUAAGUGAGAUUUUUGUUAGAAUUGCAUUCGAAAAAACAUCCUGUAGAUCAAUUUUACAUUCGUAUAAUUCUUAAUCGAGCCAAAUUUAGUAUACUGUACACAAAACCGCCUUUACAUCUUGUAACAAUUUCCUACUUUGUGUAACGCAUCGACGACCACGUUUGGUGCUUAGUUAGGUGACUUGAUCGUUUAGUGUUCAACAUACGUGUACACUGUGGCUUCCUGUCAAAGCAGUCUUCCGGUAGAUAUUUCCGCUAAUAUUUUUGUUUACGAUCGAUGUCAAAAUAUUAUAAAUUCCAAUUAUUAUUUUACAAAUAUACAUAAUAUUAUAUACAAAAUGUGUAAAUGUGCUCCUAUACUCUAACGAUCGUUCGUAAACAUCCAUAGAAAUAUACCAAACUAUUUUGUCUUAAAUUUAUAUUAGUGUAAAAGAAUUAUUUUCAUUCCAAAGUCGAUACAAAUUUCCCUUAAUUACCGAGUAAAUGUGAAAUGUAUUGAAAGUGAUUGAUUUGAAGCAAUUCGUAGCGUAGAUAGCGAGUCGAGUCCCGUAGCGUAGCGUGUAAGUGACGUCACCGUCAUGGCGAGAUGCGGCGAAAUAUUAUUUUUCUAAUGCUUUCCUUCCAUUGUGAGCAAUAAAGUUGAUUUGAUCGUAGUGCCUUCGGCUUCGUUCGGUAACAGAUGCGGGAUACAUACGUAUUGCCGCUGCGAGUGCUUUACAAGAUAUUUUUACUGGUGAUAGAGAAACUUACCGUGUUCGUAACAAAGUAGGGUAAAUGGUAAAACUAUUUUGUAGUAACAACUUAAUGAUGAGAUAAUGUGGCUGUCAAAUCGUUGCAUUUUCACACAUGAUUUUAAAAUUUAAAUCGAAAAUAAAGUUGUAGAUGUUCCUAGUAAAACUCACUUCGACAUUCUUGACAUGUCUGAUAUGCGUCCUGUACGGAGGACAUGCCUUGCGAAAUGCAAAGCGAGAUAUAUCCUGGCAGAUCGAGAGCACAAAAUGCAUAUUGGGAAACCGAUUCAUUAAAACCAAAUUAAUUCUAAAUUAAAAAUCAUGUCGAUGAGUUGAAGUGUUAAGUAAAUGUUUUAAAUUAAGUCAUAUGUUAUAAGUGAUCGUUCAGGUCGUUUUGGAAGUGAAUUUGGAAGAAUUUGGGAUGAUGAAGUAUCGAUGGCUAGAUAUAGGUCUUAGGUAUAACAUAGAUAGGUUAGAAUAGUAAAAAAAAAUGUUUCGAUGCUAAGAUACAUAGAAUAGAGAAGUAGAAUAAUAUAUUCGGCGGGGGCUCGGGGCGUGCGCGCCGUCGCCGGCUCUAGAAUAGUUUCCUUUGUUAGUUUAUUAAAUAAUUUAAUUUGAAUGGACUGAAGCCGCGCCCCGCGAACGCGCCCGCGCCUGCGCCUCCCCGCCCUACCUCCUAAGCAAAACUAAGAGAAUUAGUGUCAACACAUUCUUGCGAUAAGUUUCAGUUGGACGAGUUUGCUUUCACCUCUUUUGUUAUGUAGUUGAAUAAGUGUAAAGAAAGAAAAUUAAUUGAAAAAAAAACUGUCGGAAGUGUCGAUACGAUUGUUUGUCCAAUGUGUAUUAUUAUAGGGUGGCGUUCUACCCGGCAGACUAGUCUAGAUCUUAGAUUAGAAUAGAUAAAAAUUUAGUUAGGUAGCCUAGGAAUACGAAAUGCAAAAACAUAAAACUUCAUAAAAUGUAAAAAAAAAAUGAAUUGAAAUUGUUGGUAAGAAAGAAAUAUUUUUAAGGGACAUGUUGCUUCGUUGUGUUAUGAUGUGGGGUUUGGCAUAACUAUGAUAAUAGUGUAAAGCAUUUCUCUCAGAGAAACACAUAGAAGAAAGUUAUGUAUCUAUUUUGUUACAAAGUGUUUGCAAGUUUCUAUAUAGUGCUAUGAGCAUUUUACGUGACCCGCAUUAUUUAUAGUUAUGCUGAAUGGAAAAA